AUGACAAAGACCUAUCAGAGAAAGAUAGAAGAGAUAGAAUCAGAUAAGUCUAAAUUUGAAUUAUCAGUAGGGCAUAAUGUUAUUCUGGAGGAAUGUGCAAACAAGAUGAAUCAUAAAAGCAGGUUACUUUGGGAUAUUCGAUCAAAUUUAAGGGAGGCAAAAGAAAGAAAACUCCGUGGUUUAUUACGGCAUGACAAGGUAAGUAGGGAUAUAACACAAGAUGUUUCUUUCAGGUGUAAGCGAUCUUGCAGCUUCUUCAGAUUUGGAAAGAGUAGAGUUGAAAGUAAUUUAAUGGAUAACAAGGGAGGCUGUGACAUUGAAGGUUUUAAAGAGAUUGAUAUAAAAGGAGAUGGGAAUUGCUUCUUUAGAUGUAUUAGUAUGUUUCUGUAUGGACAUGAAGAGAAUCACAGAGGAAUUAGAGAGAGGAUUGUACGUAGAAUGAAUACCAAUCCUGAGGUUUACCAAGCGCUAAUCGAUGGGGAUUUCAACCAGCAUAUACAAGACCAACUUAGUACAAGUGGGGAUUCCACGACAUGGGCAACUGAGGCUUCCAGUGAGUUCAGGUGUAAACUAUUUAUUCUGAGUUCAGGAGAAAGGGGACAGACGUGGGAUUGUUUCGAUAUUAACUACGACAAGGAAGGAUGUAAACCAAACGCAGGCUGGAUAGCUAUAUCGCACAGGAAUAAUCACUUUAACCUUUUGAUCCCUGACAAGAAACACUGUACGUGCGAAUUACAUGAACCCGAUACUGAUUGGAUAAAAGAAAACGUUACAAACUGGUUUGAUAUGACAACUAAGAAGAGCUCUAAGUACCAGGGUGAACCGAUAUACCGACAGGAAGUGAAUAGAUGUAAUAAUGUCAAGACUGAGAUAAACGGAUCGGCGGGGAUGGGGAAAGGGGAAGUAACGCAGAAAGAAGAAAAUAACCUGAUCGUAAAUCUUUCCGAUAAAAUUCUGACGAAACCCCAACAGCAGUUAUUAUCGAAAGGUUUUAGUUUUGUGCCAACAAGGGAGAAGGUGGAUGUCACGAAGUUGCUCAGCGACCUGGGAGAGUGGGAAAGACGGAUGAGACUAAGAGAAUAUUUCUUUAAGGGUGAUGAAGAGGGCGACGCUAAAUAUGUAGAACGGGAACCGUGGAAAAAGAAGAAGAGUGAAUUUACACUGCAAGUGGGAAGAGAUAGGUGGCUAGAUAUGUACAUAGAAUUGGCGAAGAAUGAUGUAGUAGAAGGGAUUAACAAACGAAAGGAAGCAAACAUCACUGAAGAAGAACAAACGGCUAUGAAGGAGAUAAGACCAAAGAAUCGAUGA